AUGCUAACUCGAGCACCCACGCAUGACGUCCUGACGCUUGCACACGGCAGCCGGCGCGGAGACUGCUGCCAGCGCAACGACAAGUUUGCGCCGCAGCGAGCCUGUCGUUCAACUAAAUGUCUGCUCGAGCUGCCAACUUCGCCCUCGGUGGGCACCAGCAGUGGCUGCGCGCCCUUGGUCCACGGCGCCAACGCGAGCUUGGCACCGACCUCGUUCGUCAAGCCAUGGGCUGUUUGGGUGCCUGAAGCGAACGAGGUUUUGACCCUGCCGCGGCUCGUCGUCGCGAGCGUGUGUGACCUGGCAAAAAACAUGUGCGCGCUCAUUGUGCCAGGUCUGGACGACUUUCGCGAGGCGGUCGAGUCGACGCCCUUAACGCUGACGCCGUGGUCGACCAGACACACAGCCGAGGGCGUACACUGUAGUUCUCUACAAUGCGCCGUUAGUGCAAUGGUGGCACGAGAAAGCGCUCUCGGCACGGUAUCGGUCGGAGAGCUGCUUCUCAGCGAGACGACGAGGCCCACGCUCUCACUGCUGCGCCUACAGACGACCCGAGCGGUCCUUUGUUACCAUGGCUAUCGGCAGCUCAAGUCGAUGGAUCGAUGGCAAUAA